AUGGGUGUAGCUAAAGAAUUCGAGUUAGUUUUACAAUUUCUACAUGGUAUCAGUGAACAUCUUUUAAAUUCCGCAUUCUAUCUUUGUUUCUGUGAUGGCUCGCGGCAAUGCGCCGCUAACUCCGGCAACGCUGGAAGCAGCGGAUCAUCAAACAAUUCUACUUUGGAGGACAAUUCCAGUCCAUAUUACCUUCAUCCAAGCGACAAUCCUAGUUUGCAGCUUGUGCCUCAGGUUUUAACCGGAUCAAACUACAUCAAUUGGAGUAGAUCUGUGACUACAGCUCUUCUAGCUAAGAAUAAACUACCUUUCGUCAAUGGUACUCUUCUUCGACCGGAUGAUGAUCAUCUUCUCCUUCCGGCAUGGAUUCGAUGCAACAGCAUGAUAGUUUCAUGGCUACGAAACUCGAUUUCACCACAGAUAUGUUCCAGCAUAAUGUAUCUGGAGAAUGCCUAUGAAAUAUGGCUGGAUCUACGUGAUCGCUUUUCUCAAUCUGAUUCUGCUAGAUCCUAUCAACUUCGACAGCAAAUCAUGAAUCUCACACAAGGUCAGAAUGAUGUUAGCUCUUAUUUUACUAAUCUGAGAAUAGUCUGGGAUGAAUUUAAGCAUUUCCAGCCGAUUGCUUGGUGUACAUGCUCCAAUUGCCGUUGCAAUAGCGCUCGGCGAUGGCAGAUUUCUCAAGAGGAGGAUUGCACAAUGCAAUUCCUCAUUGGCCUUAAUCCAUCUUUUUCUCAAAUCCGAUCUACAAUCCUCUCUAUGGUACCUUUACCAUCACUGUCAAAGGUCUUCUCCAUGGUUGUGCAGGAAGAAAGACAACGAAAUAUUGAUCAAGCCUAUAUUUCUCCUUCUCAUUCUUCAAGUGAACAAUUGUUUGCUGCAAAUGCAGCUUCCUCAUCCUAUGGCAGAGGCAGAUUAUGUACUCACUGUGGAAAAACAAAUCACACUAUUGAUCGAUGCUUUGUCCUACAUGGUUUUCCACCUAGUUUUGGAAGAGGCAGAGGAAAACCUACAUUUAGAGAUUCUAUGCAACCUAAAUCAGUGAAUUUGGUGGAGGAUAACUUUGCUGAUUAUAGUGACAAACAAUUCACUAACAAUGCUACAAAUUCCUCUGUUACAGCAGGUUCUAUACAUUCAACCAUGGAGCAAUGCCAACAUCUCAUGGCUUUACUGCAGUCUCAGCUUGGCAUGUCUUCCUCUCCCCAAUCCACUUCAGCUCCACCAGAAAACAUCUCUGCCGCACUCAUACAUUCAUCCACCUCAUCACCUCAAGUUCCAACUUCACAAUCACCUCACUUUGCUGGAAACUUCACAGGGGACUUUGAUUGGGAAGGGUAAACGUGUUGGAAAUCUUUACACACUCAUUGUUGAUUCUGGUAUCAUUCCUACUGUAUCUGCUGCAAAUGCCAUUGUUUCUGUUGAUACUUGGCAUAUGAGACUAGGCCAUCCUUCCAUAAAUAAACUCAAAUGUAUUUCUGACAUUUUGCAUUUGCCAAAUAAAAGCUUAUCUGUUUGUGAUAUCUGCCCUAUGGCCAAACAAAAACACCUCAGCUUUCAAUCUUCCAACUCUAUAGCAGAUGCUCCUUUUGAUUUGAUACAUUGUGAUGUUUGGGGUCCUUUUAAUCCUUGCACAUCACAGG